AUGAUACCACCAGUCUCGUAUGAGAAUCCAAUGGCGAUAUGUCAGUGUGACAACCCGCACGAUGAUCCCGACAAAACAAGGCCAGAUCACAGAUCCGUGUAUCAACUACUGGCUAGCCACCUUGAGACAUUCACACACUUUAUGGAGAGACUCAAAGGGCAUUAA